AUGUCUCUGAAGACGACCAUGGAAUUGCUAGCUGCUCACGUCGGAAAUCACAACGGAUACGAUUAUGUCGAGAGCUAUCUGAUUUGGUGCCACCAUUUUUACAUACAAAAUCCCUACAUGACCUCAUGGCUACGGCUCCCAAUUCUGAAUCCUCGACAGCAUGUGGCGAUAUUGAGUGAGAACACCGCCCUCCGACUCACCCACACCUAUGCGCCGGAAUUCGGGCAGAUGUCAAGGAAUUACGUCGUAUGGUGA